GUUAGAAAGAAAUUAUUAAUUCAGGAAGACCUUAAAAUGUGACUUACAUACUUUUGAGAUCAUUAAGAAGCAACUAGUUAUUUAGAUGGAUUCCAAAACUGUAGACAUGGGUUCUGACCAUGUCCUCAAUAUUAUGAGCCAAGAGCAAGAAUCUAACAUUCUGGGCGCUCCUGGUCGCAGGACUAUAUCAGAAGUGGUGGGUUCGAGCAAUGACCUUAAUACCGUGACCCAGGACCCUGAAGCUACCGAUGCGAAUGCAAAUACUUCCAUAGAGUCAACAACAAGCAAAAGAAAGCCCUGUAGAAGUCUGAUCAGUGAGAAUAAAGAAGAGUAUAUGGAGAUUUGUGUUCCAUUGUAUGAAGCAGCAAUUACUGGUGAUUGGGAAGCUGCAAAGGUCAUCCUUGACAGACGUCCAGAGUUGGUACGGUUUGCUAUCACUCCAAAUGGUGACACAACACUUCAUAUUGCAGUAAGAGCUGAAGCUACUAAGCAGGGUGAAUUUUUUAUGGAAAAUCUAUUGAAAAUGAUGGAAAUUGAGGACUUGGAAAUUGGAAAUGAAGUUGGCGACCCGGCUUAUAUGAUUGCAGCUAUAAAAGGAAAGGUUCAUAUGUUUGAGGUAAUAGUGAAUAAGCACAAAGACCUAUUGAGCAAAUUCCCUAAAAGCACGUUGGUAGCACUGGAUAUGAGUGCUGCAAAUGGAAAUCAUGACAUGACGUUGCAUUUCUAUAAUGUUCUUGAGAAGACGCCCCUUUCGUUUUGGGGAGAGGAAAGAUGGUGUAUUUUUUUCUUAAAUUGCAUUCAUGGUGAUUUGUUUGAUAUUGCAUUGCAAGUCUUGGAGGACCACCCGAUUAUUGGUACUAGUUUCAAGACUUGUUUUGAUUCACUAGAUGUUUUGGCUAGGAGGCCAGAUACAAUUAAUAGAGCAGAAACUGAUGUAUAUGUGAUUUGGAGCAUCGCCAAUUCAAUUCUGCCUUUCUUUCAUGUGAAGAAAAACUCUCCUGAAAUGGAAAAUCAAGCUUUGAAAUUAGUACAGAGCCUUUUGAAAUUGUUUCCCGUAAACAAGAGAGAAGUUCAAGAAAUGGGUAUGAAUCCUCGUGUACUGUUGUUUACUGCUGCGGAAAUGGGCAACACCAGAUUUGUCAUAGAGCUUCUUAGAAUGUUUCCCACAACCAUACACGAGAGAAAGGAUGGUGGCAUAAGUAUAUUUCACAUUGCUGUUAUGCGCCGUAACAAAGACAUAUACAAUCUAUUGUAUGAAACGGGUUCACAAAAUAGUCGAAUAGCUAGGUGGUUUGAUAAUAAGCAUAACAAUAUUCUUCAUUUAGUCGCAAUGACCUCAAACGAUAAAACACAACAUCAGACACCGUCUGGAGCAUCUCUACUGAUGCAACGAGAGUUAUUGUGGUAUAAGGAGGUAGAGAAGAUAGUACCACCUGCGUACAGAAAUGCAAGGAACGAUGAUGGUAAAACGCCCUAUGAGUUAUUCUCAGAGAAUAACAAAGAGUUGGUUUCCAAAGGUUUGAAAUGGACAAAAGAUUGCAUGGUGGUUGCCACCCUUAUAAUCACCGUAGCAUUUGCAGUUGCUUUCACAGUUCCUGGUGGCUACAACCAAGAGACUGGGAUUCCUAUCUUCUAUCAUAAAGCUGGUUUCCUGGUUUUCAUAAUAGCAGAUGCAUUUUCCUUAUUUACUUCAUCAACUUCACUCCUAGUGUUCUUGUCUAUCCUCACAUCUCCUUAUGGUCAACGUGAUUUUUUGUGCGCAAUGCCUGUAAAGCUGAUGAUAGGUCUAGUGUCGCUAUUUAUGUCUGUAGUUGCUAUGAUGGUCACCUUUGCUGCCAGCUUCUUUGUGAUUUAUAAAAACACAUACAAAUGGCUACCAAUCCUUAUCAGUAUAUCUGCAGCUACACCGGUCAUCAUAUUUGCUGUAUUACAAUAUCCUUUUGUGAUGGAUAUGUAUCGUUCCAUUUUUGAUUCUAGGUAUCUGUUUAAUACUGGGAGACGUGUACUUUACAACAAAAACAAUAGGUUGUAAAUGUUCAUUCUUUAGCUAGACAAGUGAAGUUAUUGUUAGUAUCCACUUGGAUUAUGUAUCUGUUUA